GUGCUAUUCGAGAACUCAGCUGAUCUACGAUCCGGCCUACUUCGGCCAGUAUGCCGACCCUCGUGACGACUUUGUCUGGUCCAUCACGGACCAGGCUACGCUCAGCGCAGCGUACGAAGGUGGCUAUCUGAAGGAGAAUGGCACGGAUCUGAUCUCGUUUUCUGCCCGCUGGAACGAAACGACUUUUGAACCCCUGCUCCCGGCCGCGCUGGACGACGUGAAGCUGAACUGUCGCUACAUCGGCUCCAGCAUCAAGUACCUUGCGCUUUGGAUCAGUGUCGUGGCGAUCACGAGCUUCGCGUGCUGUCUGACGGCAGCAGACUGGAAGAGUUUGUACAGCAGCACAUCCACGCCACUGUUGGAUGACCAGGAGUGCUUCCGCUCUGGCAAGAAGUCUCUCAAGUGGGAGGAGAUUUGCAGCAGAGCCGUCAUGUACUUCGACACCGUUUUGGUAGGGAAGGCUGGCCAGGUGUACCGCUCGCAUGUUUUCAACGUGCUGGCCGAGAUGCACCCUUCGCGAUCCGGAUCCUUGAAGUCGGUUGCUGAGUUCGUGCGGGACGUGGACUCCAUAGCACCUGCAUGGCUUGCCCUCGUGUGA